GGACGGCGUUCGCAGGCCUAGAGGGCUUAUACGCUAGAAGACGCUUUUGCCCACCGCAAAACAACUGGUUGCUUGGAAGGCGUCUCGCGCUACCAGCACCGCAGCUUCUUAUUUUGAAGCGUACAGCGCUAGCGACGACGCAGCGGCAGCCUAGCUCGUGCGGUGGUGCUCCCAAAGGCUAAAACAGGGAGCACGCCGCAGUACAGGACAAAGCAAUGGACAAACCACUGGAAUACGCCGACGACCUCGACGACGACGAGGCGCGCCAGGCGCUCUGCACCUCCAACGCCUGCGCGGACCCCGGCUGCGCGGCCAUCGAGAUGACUGAUGCGCUGCCCGAGCCGGCGUGGGUGCUGAACUGCGCCCAGGACACGACCUUCGACCAGGUGAGGUAUGAAAGGCGCUACGCGGCGCGGCCGCCGGCCUCGCGGAGCACGGCGUUCGCGGCCGUUGCCCGCAAAAUUUACGGCGCGGCCGGGGACCGCGGCCGGAGGCAGGCGCAGUACGCGUACCGGAGCGCGCCGACGCACAAGCUCGCGGCUUUAGUGCUGCUGGCGCUCUUCUCCGCGACGUUGUUCGCCGUGCUCGUGAGUCCUAGAAGGCGGCACAAUCACGGGAGCGUGACGCCUCUGAACGCGACGAGGCCCUAGUACUAAAUUUUGUCAGUUUA